GCUAACAGCUGUUUUUCAUUAUUUUACAAUUCGGUAUAUCGCGCUGCUAAAUUCGAGAUCGGAAAUAUUUACAUAAGAGUCAACGCAAAAACCUAGACAAUGGCAUUGUUUGAAAUGAAGUGGCUUCGCCGUUUCGUACGUCGCCACACAAAUCCGAUACCGGAGCAUCGUGCCGAUUUGUGGAAGCGCCGCCUAAGCAUUGGCUAUGCAAUACUAGCAUGGCAAGCGUUUGGCUUCGUGUGCUACAUGGUCUUCACCGGUCGCAACGACUGGGCCAAAUACUAUGGCUACAAAUCGGAGGAGGAUCUGGCACUGUCACCGGCACAGCAAUUUGCCAAGCAUAUUAGAGUAGAAGGCUCCGGAAAAAUUAUACGUCUAUCAGGAUUUUCCAAAGUGGAAGAGGUACCCUUCGACUCAAACACCGUAGAGCGGGUGAAGGACUGAUCAUAUCUGAUAAUUUAGUUGGUAAUUUAUCUAAUGUAAUGUGUUUUUUUUUUGUUGCAAAAUAAAUUUAACAAAACUAGUGUAUAUGGUAUUUCGAGACACGUGUUGGUAUUUUACCGACAACGAAGAACGGUCACAUUGGCAGCGAAGGCAAACAGAAACAGACGCCGCUGCAGCAAACACAAACAAUCAAAGCUAAGGCUGGUAACACACGAGCAGCAAAGGCAUCUGCAAUAAUAAUAACAAUAAUAGCACCAACAAUAUUGGCAAAAAUCAAUUAGGAACGCGUCCUGCAGUUCCAGAAGAGAGAGACAGAGUGUGUCUUAAACAACGUGGUCGUCUAACGGCAUUUAAGUUUGUUAACAAUUACAAAAGCAAAGUCAAAGUGCAUAUGCUGCAAACACACACAGUGGCGUAACACACACAUAUAUACGCAUUUAUAUGUAUAUAUAUACUUAUAUAUAUAUGUGUACAUAUAUGUAUAUGUAUUGUGUGUACCGUUGAUUGAUUAUUACUGUUGAUUGCAGCUGCCUCUAACAUUGCAUCUCUUGCGGAGGACAAGGAACCUCGAGUUCUGCCUCCUCCAAUAACUCAUCGCACAAGCAACAACCGCAGCAUUCCAACAACAAUCGACAGAAAUCACAGUCCAGCACAUCCCUUAACACAGCGCAUGAGCAACAGCAACUGUCCCAACAGCAGCAGCAGCAGCAGCAACAACAACAACAACAACAACAA